AAAAAUGAUAUGAUAACCAAACGUUGAAGAAAUUCAAGAAAAUGAAAUUUGAAUUUGAAUUUUGACGAAUUUUGAUGAAAACUAAUGAAAACUGAGGAACUCCAGCAUCCAAAUUAUAGUAAAAUUCAUUUUUAAAACAUGCAAAAUUGUCAAAAUUCUUGAUCAUGUAGAAAUUAUGUACUUACUUUGUCAAUCAUCAAUUUUUCAACUAAAUUUGCAUGUGCCGUAUUACGUUGUUGAUCACUUCAGAAACACUUUUUGUCUUCUCACUUAACGAGCAAUACCGAAGACGCUCACAAUGUCAGUAAUAUUUAUGCACAAUACACAAUCAAACAGGGUAUUGAAGAAACCCAAAGUCUUCUCUUGCUAUGUUUGUUCGAAUACCUUCACUCAAAUGAGUAAUUUGAGAAAACACCUUCGAAAUAUUCAUCGGAUUCAGAUGAACUUGAGACGUAAAGGAACCGAUUACACUUGUUCAUAUUGCUCACUGACGUUCUCACGUAAGACGAAUUUGAAACGUCACCAGGUGGGUAUUCAUCAAAUCGACGAAAAUAAACUGGAGUACAGCGUUCGUUUUUUAUGCAAUACUUGUACGGCCGCAUUCAACGACCAAGCUUCUUUGAGAACGCAUAGAAAAAAUAGACACGGGGAUGAUGACGAAAAAAUUGACAAUCCGUACGAGUGCGGUGAAUGUGGAGAACUUUUUCAGAAAAAAGGUCUUUUAAAGCAUCAUAUGAGAUGUAGACAUUUAUCUGAAACUGACAAUUACCAAUUUUUGAAAAAUAUACUGCCGAAAAUGACGAAUUCCUUGAAUGUUAUCUGGUAUUCAGUAUUGAACGAGUCGCAAGAACAUUUCAAAGCCAAAUUUACCAUGUCAAUUAAAAAUCGUGCGGAAAUUGAAAAAUGGAUCAACGAAUUUCAGUCUAAAAAUAAAAUAACUCUGAGAAAACGUUCUGUACAUCGGACUAUGAAAUCUAACGUUAUUUACCAUGUGAAAUAUGGCUGUCAUCAUAACACAAAACCUAAAGCUGGUACUAGACAUGUUAGUGCAAAACACACUAAAUGCGAAGCUUCUAUAGCUUUAAAAUUAUUUGCUCUCAGUGCUGAUGUAAGAAAUUAUGCCGAAGUGAGACUGAUCCAUACACACAACCACGUCCUAGAUGGUUUAGAAGUGCUAAAAUUCCGAGAACCGACUGAAGAAGUGAAGAAAAAAUUUAGAAAUAUGUUCAUGUCUGGUAUGACCCCUUCACAAGCGUUAUUACAGCACAAGAAGGACUUGGAGCAACAAUACGGUGAUGAUUAUUCAGUGAUUAUUGGCGAUAGAGGAAUUUGCCCGAAUAAAUCAUGGGUAUAUAACUAUCGUGGCAUUUGUUUCAAAAGAAGAGAUAAGCAAAUUAUCGACGUUUGUGAGUCAUCCGAAAAUGAGAUUUGCGUGAUUGAAGAGCCGAAUACUAUCUUUCAAAUUUCAGACGAAGAAAAGUCUAUAGAUGUGAACACUGAUUCUUUUUCGACUGAUGCAAAUCAUUCUGAUAGCUCUUCUGAUAAUGAAGCAGAAGAUACCACAAGUUAUCCUUUCCGCCAGAAUUAUAACGUAUCUAAUGAAAAUAAUCGCAACGCGUCAUCUACGAAUAUUGUACAUAUUCCUUAUACUGCAGAUAUAUCCAACGUGAAAGUAAAUAAUUCAAAAAUUGUGUUCACAACAGUUCCCAAGUUGAGAAAAGUAAAUGACUUCCCACUGUUUCGAGGUAAACUUUCCCAGUCGUCAGAAAUGAAUAAGAAGAGUUCCUCCAAAGUCAUCUUGACAAAUUCGGAAUUAAUCAAGCGAGAAACUAUUGAAGAUAUUUCCCUUGAUUGUAUUUCUGAAUCCUUUUCCAUUUCUUCUGAUUUGAAUGCUGAAAUAAUUGUUUUGAACAAACCUUUAGAUAAUUUGAAUUCCACCGUAUUACCAAUCGAAGAAAAUUUCGGAAAUAGUUCGUCUGAUUCCGAAAAAAGUAUUUUGUGCUCGGAUGUGGAAAUACUCGAUUCAAAUUCACAACUUGAAACAGAAACAGUAAUUCUGAAUGCUUCAUAUUCACCCGAUGAUUCUUCCCCUAAAACGGAGAAUUCAGAAUUGGAGCAUGUUCUGCUGGAAUUUGAUCACAUGAACGAAAUUAUCAAAGAAAAAGCUCGUAGUAAUCCUAAUUUGAUCGAAGGAAUGCAACAAAUGGUGUAUAACUUCUAUCAUAAUUUGCAAGAUUCGGAAAUUUUAAACAGCGCUCUUUUUUCUUUUGGGAAACAGUGAUAUUAAGCGUUUCGUGUUGAAUUACAGUUGAUUGUAAUCCUAUAAUUUAUUUAUGUUUGAAAGUGUGAUUGUCAUUAUUUUUUUAAGUAAUGUUAUCGACAGAUGCUUUGUUGAUCAAUUUGGAACUACUGUUGUCAGAUGUUUUUUUUUUCGAGUCUUGUAUAUUGUUAUUAAAAAUAUCGAUUUUUUC